AUGAAAAAAACCAAUUCAUUGUAUUGUACACUAUUGGACGCUCAUGCCGAUCCUGAAAUAUUUCGAAUCAGAUUGGGAAAAGCGUUGAAUUUCCAAUUUCAUGAAGAUUAUUUGGGCUCUCUCUUCUCAAUUCGUGGACCACGUGAUACCACGGCCAUUUUGGAUAUUGAAAGAGCCUUCAAUACCCUCGAGACAGUGGCCGUCAAACAUGUCGCGAAACACAAGCGGCCGCUUAUUCUAAUUAUCAACAAUGCGCAUAUGAUUCGUGAUGAUUUAGAGGGCCAGAAUUUGGUUGAAUUAUUGCAGCAGAAGGCUGAAUCUUUGAGCGGAGCUGGACUAGUAACCAUAGUUUUCAAUAGUGACGACUAUUGGCUAUAUGAAAGAUUAAAAAAGCUUGGUACUCGACUUGAAGUUCUGACUAUUAACGAUUUCUCCCGAAAGGAGUCGAUACAAGCAUUGCGAAGAGCUAGAAUGAAAUUUUAUGGGCAGAAAAUUUCAGAUGAAGAUGCAAACAAGGUUUAUAAUUUGAUUGGGGGUCGACCUCAGCAUUUGGCAGCAGUCGCUUCUAAAGAUGAUCCCAUAAAUGCAUGUCAUAAACUUAUAGACAAGGAAAAGACAUGGUUCUUAAACCAGUGUGCCUUGCUCGGAGAAUCAAUGGACGAUGAUGUGAUGGAGAGUGGUAAAUUUUCGACCUCUGCUAUGUAUUUAAUGAAGGAAUUGGUUAGGCUAGACAGGGAGCGCCUAAGUAAGAUGACACCCGAAGAGUUGGCUACUUCAAAUCAUGAAAUACCUCGAAUUCCCUUAUGGCGUGCUAGACAAAUUAUGACCCGGCCGGAUUAUAUCCAACAUUACGACAAUCUGAAUAUUUUUACACUUGAUUCAUUGUCUCGAGUGAAGGCCGAUUCGGUCGUCAUGAUGCAGGCGUUCCAUGAGAUUGCCUCGCUGCCAGGAUUCGAGGAAUUGUUAGAGGAAACUGCUGAUAGAGUUUCGGCUAUUGAAAGCUUGGGCCGUACAAGAGAACUUGUCGCAAAAGACCUAGUACUUGAUGGUCAAUAUAAGAUAAGCCACUCUAGAAAUGAAACCAUGAUUAAAUUGGAAAUGCCAGAGGAGGCUGAGAACGAUGAUGACGAACGUUAUAAGCUUGAUCGCCGCGAAGGUUUCUGGUACAAAGGAAGGGCCGACAAGUUCAAAAAACGACAAGAACAAAAAGAAAAUGAAAAGGGAAAAAUUUAA